AGUUCAACCGGACACAUUUUAAAUUUUAUUCAAAACUGUCCAACAAAUACAUUCGAAGGCAUCAUGAAGCCGCGCAGCAUUCGUUGCAUGAAAUUCUUCUUGACCCUUUUUAACAUAAUUUUCAUUCUGUUCGGUCUCGUUUUGAUGGCAAUAUGCGUGAUCAAUAUGCGUGAAAAGAAGAAUCGUCCGGAAAAACAAUCGGCCCUCUCCAGAGGAGUGCUGUCCUUCCUCCUGACCCUGGGUCUGGGGUUGUUGGUGACAGCCAUUCUUGGAUGUGUUGGCGCGUUGAGGGAAAACGUGAAGAUCCUUUAUGUGCACGCAUGUUUCCUGAUAUUCCUAGUCUCCGUAGAGGUGAUAGUAGGAGUGGGCGGGGCGGUCCUCAGUGCUUGGGUUGGAAGUGGCAGCGAGUUGCGUGUUCAGUUCUAUAAGAACUCCACCGUUGACGACCAAGGUGUCAAUCAACAGGCCUUCUGGGACAAUUUACAGUCUGAGAACCAAUGCUGCGGUGUGGAUGGUCCUCAAGACUACGCGAUCUUACUACAAGACAUUCCGGUGUCUUGCUGCGCACGCGCUCACCCGUUACGAGAAGGGGGCGCAAGAAAGCAGCUCCAUACCUCUUGUCUCUCAGAGCGUUCAUAUUAUACUAGCGGAUGUGAAGAGGUACUGAGACAGAAGAAAGCAUUGAAAGGGAACAUCUUCAUUAGUACUGGAGUUAUUUUUGCUUUGCUGGAGAUUAUCUGUAUUAUCCUGGCAAUAUUCGCGGCACGAGGAGUGGGCAGUGAGCGACGAAAGUUACAACAAACUUUGCAAGCGCACUUCGAAAGUUAAUAACACAUUAGAAUUAUUUCUCUAUAGUGGCACAUGUGUGACUGUGGUUAGCUUCACCGAAAUGUUGUCUUUAGAAAGUUAAGUUCGAUUUUAUAUUUUUGA